AUGGUCCUGGACGAAUCUGGCAGUAUAGGCAGGAAAAACUGGCGAAAGGUUAAGAAAUUUGUCAGGCAUGUUAUAUCACGCUUCAGUGUAGCCCCAUUUGGAGCGCAUUUUGCCGCAGUGAAGUACAACAACAGACCACGUAAAGUGUUUUCUCUCACCAAGUAUACUAAUGCUAAAAAGCUGCGGAAAGCUGUCAGAAGAAUGAGAUACCGUGGCGGAGGCACGAGAACUGGAAAGGCAAUGCGAUUCACUAAUAGAAAAGUAAUGAUUAUUUUUACUUAUUCAUUCAUUAAUUCAGAGUGUACCGAACAUGGUAGUACAGUGCUGUGUCCUGGAUCUUUCUCAAAGCAUCACUUGAACAAGUACUAUUUUUGAAUAAAUGACAAGGCUUAUGAUUCCGAACGAAUGCCCUUAAUAUAAAGCGAUGUCUAACUUUAUGUUUGGGGACCGCAAUCUGUAUUGAAUACUUCUACCAGUUCUACCAUAUCUAAACUGCUAUCCCCAUAGGUCCAGUAAAGGCAAUCCUUUAACGUUUAAGUGUCAAUCUAGGAGAAAAUCACGUAUCCUACCAUGUCCCAAAGAUACACGACCUAUCUUGUAGCAAAGGGUCGGAAAACUGCACUCAGUUGAUGUGGUGGGUCACACCGAAGUUUCGUUGGAAAAGUUCGGGUUAGUGUGAAGUUCAGAUAUGGGUUCAGAAGCUGGGUGUGACAUCACCACAUCACCUGAGUGUAGGAUCCGAUCAACUAGUCAUGUGAAGGACAUUGAACGUGUCGCAAGCAUAGAUAUCUUAUAGUUAUAUACACUAGAUAGUGCAUCUAAUUAUUCUGCAAUUCAAAAAUUGAAGCCGUGAUUGCAGACUCAGGGUAUUCCCAUGACAUGAGAAGACUCGUAUGUUUUCUAUUUCUUAAACAGGGAAUUUAACAUUUAAGUUAAACCUAUUCCAAAUACAUUUUCAAACUAUUCAAAUGAUCAAAGUUAUUGUUGUUUUUUAAGCGUUUAUUAGCGAGUGGGAAACUCCAACAUGGCCGCCAUCUAUUCAAAUGGGGGUAACCGCUGAAAUAUUCUUGGCUUCAAUUUUACUAAAAGAGAUGCGCUAUCUAGUGUAUAUAAGAUAUCUAUGGUCGCAAGAUACUAAUUACUCGAGAAGCGUACGCGCUCCGAACCCACAUACGAAACACUGUUUCUUAAGGCGGACUGACCGAUUGUUUGAGUCAAACUUCAGAGUCAAACAGCGUUUGUAAGACGCAUUAAUACAAAGAGUUAUACUGGCAUGCGAACAAUACAUAGAAUGAUGCGAAUAGUCAGAAUAGACAUUUUUGCCCGCUUUUAAUAUAAUAAUAAUAAUGAUUUAUUAGCGAUUCCAAAUUGAAUUGGCUCUUCUAUCACUAAAUUAACUAAUCUAUAUUAACAAGUACUAUAUAUAUCCAACAAACUCUCUUUACUCUAAAUCCCCUUCUCCUAAACUAUAAAACCCAAUCGCAAUUCUUUUCUGAAAUCUUGACAGAUACUCUGGGGAAAGGAUGACAGAAAAGAUGUCCCUAAUGUAGUGGUUUUGGUUUCUGACGGAAAAUCACAUGAUCACAGCAAAGCUGUUCGUGAGGCGCGGAAAAUGAAACAAAAAGGCGUCAAGAUACUUUGUGUUGGGAUUGGCAGGGGGCGAAAGGUUGAUCGGCUCAUAAAAAAGCUUCAGGAAAUUUCAAGCAAACCUGAGUAUACUUUUAAAACCACUAUGAACGCUCUGGACACCAUUGAGAAUUCACUGGUCAAAGAUAUGUGCGAGCCAAUUAGUAAGUACACUCAAAUACAGUACACUUAUUAUCGAUUUCAGGUUAGACUUGGCCCAAGUCUCGCUCGAGUUGGCUAUCCAGUGUACAUUUUGAGAACAGCGGUCCCAAAUUUCCGAGAAAGUUUCAUAAAAGUUUCUUUUUCCGACCAGGUGCAUGUGCAAGCAAGCCCUGCCAGAAUGGAGGGCAAUGUGUGGAUGACGGCAAUGGUGGAUAUCAAUGUAAAUGUUCACCUAACUGGGAAGGCAAGAAUUGUGAAGUGCCCAAAUGUAGCACUUGUAAGUAUUUAUUUAGAUGACCAACGUUUGCGAACUGUUGGCCUUAGUUGCUUAAAACGCUAUCAGGGCAUUUUUAAGAAAUUACAACUAGUGGGGCUAAGUCUCAAUGAGGGCCUUUUCCCCACACAGUUACGGGUACACAAAGAUCAUGCUGUGCUGACUUUUAUAACAUGGAUGUCGAGAAUGUGAGAAGAUACAAGAAAGCAGGCAGAUGCAGCUUUUUCAACAAGGAUCACGGACUCUUUACUAAUGAUCAAAAGGGUCCAUCAGGCAUCUGAAAAUAUUGCUUCACUACUGGGGCAAGCAAAAGGCCUACUGGGGCAAAUGCUCCAGUAGUUAUAUAGUUAAAAACUGCCCUGAACGCUAUAAUGUGCGUCAUAACAAUCAAGGAACAAUUUUGGAAACCUUGAAAAAAUCACUAUCCAGUGGAUAGCGGUAUCCGGCCUUCGUACACCCCCCCCCCCCCGGCCCAGAUGGAUAAUUCGUCCUGGUGGUUUAUCCGUGUCUAGGACGACGGUCUCAAUAUCAAUUGACACCAGUAUAUUCUUCAAUUUUCCAGUGUGCCCAGUAGAGCCAUUUGCCAAGAAGGGUUGCUACAGAACACCUAAACCUCACACAGCCACACUGUUGUUCAACCGUCGUAACCAGAUAGACUGGGAAGAUGGAUGGGAUAACUUUAUUGAAAAAAUCGUGCACGAGUAA